AAUCAUAUGGUAGUUCUGCCCUACCUUGAAUUAAGUGAUAGAUGAUGUAGUUACAUAUACAACACGAUACGUUAACAUACAUACGUCGUCACUAAACACUAACAAAUCAACCAUAAACGGAAAUUCGAAGUCAGUGCGAUAAAUGUGUCCAGCUGAUUUGGUUUUUCCUUAUGUCUUAUUCGUAAACUCGGCGUUAUGCAUUACACUCAUUCGUAAACAACGAGGUCUUUUGUUAUUUUUUGGCAAACAUUCCUUUUUGCGCUUUCUUAUUUGUUUCGUUGGGGACGUAUUUUAUUUUGGUCGCAAGUACGCGCGCUGCCCUUUUGGAAUUGGACACAAUUGGAUAUAUUGGAGAAACAUCUCAUCCAAAUUCCGGACAAUGCGUGUGUUUUCCCAUUUACGUCUGCUAAUCCUGCUGACGGUGGCUCUUAACACCCUCGACCACAAGCUGCAACAAAGAGGACAAUUGAAUUUAACAAAAUUUCAAGAAGAUCUACGGUUUUGUCCCCAAUGCUUCGAAUCGCAAAAGGUGGCAUGUGGACAUUUAAUGGAAAACCUGAUCGCAAAUACGAAUCACAAACCGAUUUUGGAACAUCUCUUCGCAUUACUGCCUCAACGUAGCUGUAAACGAAACAAUCAAUUGUAUGGCCUAAAAGGACAAGAAGGAGAAACUAAUACCCACCAGAUCCUGGCAAAAUAUUUUGCCAAUUCAAAGGAGCAUUUGGAGUGGAAAUUGCAGGUGGGGGAAUUGAAACAGCUGUUCUUGGACGCGGAACGCCUGGAUGGCAUGCAGUUCUGGCCAUUGGCAAACAUUGAGGAUUUUAUGAAACUUUUGAUGGAGUAUCAUAGGAAUUUAAGCCCCCUGGCCAUAUGACUGUAUUUGCUACUCAAUGUCCAACCUUUGUUAAUGCCCUGGCUAUUUUCUUGGCAGUUUCCGGUGCCCCAAACUCAUGGCAUUUGUGGUUUUACAAUUUAUCAGGAAUAUGCGGGCCAAGAUUUGUAUCAUUUCCGAAAUCAACCAUUUUUGUUGAGAUUAAAAAUCGCCAAACAUCUGUUGGAAGCCUGUUUGAAGUUCUCCCAUGGCAUUGCCCCAUAUCGUUUCUAUAUAACCGAUCUCACAGCCGAUAAUGUGGUCUACAGCGUUGACCAAGAUCGCCUGUCGUUUGUGGAUUUGGAUACAUUGUUUGUGGUCGAUGUGAGAGGGGCAAAAUACAAAUCCACCACCCAUCGCCAUGAAUAUAUAGAAUGUCCUGGUUGCUUUGCCUACUCACCGGAGGACAUUGCUGCCCACAACAAAAGUGAUUUGAAUAUUUACUCCGCCUGCCAGUUUUUAAGUGAAGAUCUCUAUAGGGAUAAAACAAAUGGCUUUCUAUAUCCCAUGCCCACAGAGAGUCUGGUGCAAAAGUAUCCGGAAUUAUGGCGAACAUUGCAACGUUGCGUUGACUGUCCUCGGGAGAGUUGUGCAGAUCGUUUUGCUGUGGCCCAGCAGUUGUUGGGGGAAUUUGAAAUGAUUUUAAGUGAUAAUGCAAAUAAAACAUGAUAUAUUUUAAUAAAUAAUUUUAAUGUACAGGGUGAGCUAAAAAACUGCA